UAGUGGUAUUACCUAACACAUACAUGUUCCCUACAUUGAAGCUUAUGUUUCAGUCUUGAUGCUAUUCGAGUAAAUCCAACAUGCCACACGUCCAAGCUGAGCCCGGCCACUUUUCUCUCUUAACACCUAACAUGAAAAAAAGGAACCGUGACGAUGUCCUUGCUAGCAAGAGAAUAGCCUUGUCACCUUUUCAACAAAUAAGACCUCAAACCCCUGCCAAAUUGCUGGACAUCUCAGAAGAUAGUCAUGAACAAGGUUUACGUCACCGGGCUUCCACGAAGAGACAGCGGCUUCAGAAACAACUGUCACCGACGCGAUCACUAACACUUGCAACUUCGAAUAUCUUCUCUUCCCAACUAUCCCACCGAAUCCUCUCUCCGAAAUCUCACCAACCGUCGACCUUCUGUUUACUCCCCUGUCAUGUUUGUCAUAGACGGCCCACAACAAAGGACACUCUAGGUGCCUAUUCCAAUUGUGAAAUAUGUGCGCAAAGAAGCUGUUACAUUUGUCUCCGUUCAUGUGAUGCUGUUGACUGCAGUGGCUCGAUCAAUACGCUCUUAGAGCCGUCAGGCUUUAUAAACGAGGAUGCUCGUGGCAUGGGAAGGCAGAUUCGAUCACGAAGAAUUUGCUCAUCGUGUGCAGUCGAAGGUCUGAAUGAAACAGGUGCUGUAGUGACAAGGUGUCUUGAUUGUGUGCUAAAUACGACGCCUCGAUGGCAACCUAUUUCACCCGGUUAGGAGAAGAUUUGGAUUCAUAAAGACGUCUCGUGAGAGCAGGCGCCCCGUUCGCUGUGCGACCAUGCAAGCAGCAAGAGUGGGAAUGCAAGCCACAAAAGAAUUCAUUUGACCGAAGGCGCUCGCUAAGACCCUCUGAUGCUGAAUGAGA